CCGCCAUCUUUUGCAGAAGUGCAUGCGUCAAUUCAUAUAUGUAUGAGAUAUCUGUCAAGAUGGUAUACUGAAUCUUCAACGUCAGAUACCCAUGCCUUCCCUCCCUUCCUGCAACCCUUUCCCGAUGCUCUGAAGACAUGAGUGAUGCUAACAUUAUGGCAGAAUCCUAUGGACAAGAUACACCAAUCUUGCAGUCACCGACCAACUUAAAGAAAGAGGAAGAAGGCAGUGGUAUACGACAUAUUUUACAUUCUAAUAAUAAUGAUGAUAAAGUGUUAGGAGUUAAUAUGAACAAUUUGAACUGUGGUAGUAAACUAGCAUGUAGGUAUUGUGGUAAAACAUUUUCUCAAGCUGGUUAUAUUAAAGCACAUGAGCGACUACACACAGGUGAAAAACCUUUCGCUUGCGGUGUCUGUGGUAAAAGGUUCAGUGAUCCCAGUAACUGGAAAAAACAUGAGCGUGUACAUAUCAGUCAGCCCAAGUCACCUGUAUCUCCCAAAGAGAACAAACCCUAUGAUACAAAACCACCAAUGAUUCACUCACCAUUGAACCAUUUUCAGCACAGAAUGCACAUAGAUAUGAUGCCACCAGUAAUCUGUAAGAUAUGUGGGAAGGUAUUUUCUAGUCAGAGUAGUUUGAGUACACAUAAGCGUAUUCAUACUGGUGAGAGACCAUAUUCGUGUGGAUCUUGUGGAAAGAGUUUUACUCAGAUUGGUACGCUACGCACGCACGAGAGGAUUCAUACAGGAGAGAAGCCUUACAUUUGUAAAGUAUGUGGCAGAACAUUUGCUCAGAGUGGAAGUUAUCGAAUGCAUGAAAGACGACACUUGACAGAUUCCAUUCAAAGAUGUCAUGUAUGCUACGCAACAUUCACCAAAUGGCAGGAGCUGCAACAUCAUAUGGCUAGUCAUCCAAACUUACCAGAAUCCAUGAUGUAUGAAGAUUCAAUGACUAGCUCCAAUGGGGGAAGUCCUCGGGAACUGGAUGAAAAAGAAGAAGAAAGACAGAAUGGUUAUGACAUGCGACCCUCUUCUAUUGAAUCUACUUCCUAUAUAUCUCCACCACAUAUGUUCCACAGUCAAGGGCAACUGCCUCCUUUCUCAUCAAUAUUGCCAUUUCGCUCCCCAGCUGUAUCUUCGUUUGCAUCCAGCUUUCCAGCACCCUUAAGCCUAUACUCAACUCCAACACUGUCCUUGCCAGAAGCUGAUUUCUUGGGAGUUCGACAACAGUUCUUCACUAGUAUGGCUCUCUCUUCACAUCUCAAGUCUCCCGAGCUCAGCUCUCCAAUUAUUGAACGCAACGAUGUUGUUAGCACAACUAGUCAGAUGAGAAAAAUUCACACAGAAUCACAACUUGUUUCACCAAUCUUAAAUGGCGGAGAAGCAGAUGGGGAUAUGGGAGAAGUUGAAGAAGAAGUGGAUGAAGGAAGAGAUGGUGGGGACCAUGACAGGGAGGCUAAUGUUUCAAAUGAGUUACAGACGCGUUCAAGCGAUACAAGUGACACAGGCUCACAGUCACCAGAUGGAGCAGAAAAUCAAACAGACGAACAGAACAAGACAUCUAUCGAACGCUUGAAUCUCAAUACACGUAUGAUGCCCUCGUCCAGCUCAAGAAAACAAAGGCAUCCCAUGAGACGAUACAGUAGCAGUGCUAGCAGUGAACAAGAGAUGCCACAAUCGACCUCCUCAAUACCAGUUUUACCAAAGGACCAGAAUGAUGCUGAAGAUCAAGCUUUAGUAUCUUAUCUAUUGAUGAAGGGUAAAGUGUAUAAAUGUGAGCAUUGUCAUAUUAUAUUCGAAGAUUGUACACUCUACUUAUUACACAAUGGCUUUCAUUCGCAUGACACCGAUCCAUUUAAAUGUGUUAUAUGUAAGAUUUCUUGUAAAGACAGGGUCGAUUUUAACUGCCAUUUGACCAGUCAUAUUAAGUGACAAAUAUAACACAAUCUUUUACAUUUGACAUGCAAAAUAUAAUGCUUUAAAACUUGAUAAAAGUGCUAAGUGGGUUGGUACCUGAACUGCACUUGAUUGUUAGUGCAUUUAAUGGUUUAGUCAUAGAGUAUGUUUUUUUUUUCUUAUGUUAUUGUGAACCAAGUUUCAUUUAAUACCAUAUCAAAAAUGUCUUUGUAUUAAAAUAGAGACUUUGAUUCUUUAUGUUAUUAUUAUUCUA